UGUAACUACACAGGUCAACACAUCACCGACUCCGUCUUAUGCCAAAGGUUUGAGUGGUUUCUUAAUGUCAACCGCCCUAUAGCCUCUUCUGGAGCGGCGAGGGCACGUCUCUCUGCCAAUUCUCCUCUUGAAAGCCAUGGCCUCAUCAUCUGCUGCAAAAAAACCGGGCCAACUAGAAGUGCCGGCCGCAACGCCCAGUGUCGAACGACCCAAACUCUACACCACCACUACUCGAACGACAGCACACCGUCUCCCUCCUCCGGCGCUGUUCCAGGGCCCCCCGUCGAAGAACGCGUCGCACAUCUCCCUUGUCGUUCCGACUGACCGUCCUCCCGCCGAGACCGAAGGAGGCGCCCAAAAUGGCCGGCGAAAGAUCAUUCGUCCGUCUCGAGUUCCUCCUGCCUCAUCCUUCUCCGGCACCUCUCCAUCUCAACUACGUCACCCUGCCGGGGGAACAGAUGCAGACGAUCAGCGUGCCGAGCAGCUCUGGGCUGAAAUGCAAAAGACCCUCGCAGACGUUGAGAUAUCGGCCAUGAACACCUCCCACGUGUUUGGAUCGUCUCAUUUACGAGCAUUGGAAGAGUUGCGGACCGCACAACUGUCCCUAGCGCAGACAUGGGCGAAGAUCGAAGCGGAUGAAUCGUUGGACCAUGACUUCGCCAUCGUCUCGCAGAAGGAGUCGAACCUUGGCGCCGCAUUGGAGAGCAAGACCUCCGCGACGACGCCAUCCGCUCAACAACGACCAAAGGGUACGGGCCCUGGGACCGGCACCGGCACCGGCACCGGCACCACGGCGUCGCCUGCGACGGCCAAGGAUGCUGGAUCUCCAGACGGGAAGCCAAGCGCAUUCACGAAUGACAAGAACCUCGAAGAAGAAACAGAGCGGGACAUUCAACUCGCCAGGAAACGGCGCGAGGCGAAUGAUCGGUACUUCUCCCAGGUCAACAAGGGGGUGUUGGAUGUGGUGAGCAAAUUGGACGAGGUCGCAGGCGCCAUGAGACGAGUGGAAAGGGAGAGCAGAGAGAUUUGGGACGAGUCGAGCGAGGAUUCGGACGAUGCCAACGAGACAGGUGGUAGUGACACUGAAGGAGAAGCUACUGACCGCACUGGAAUGACUGACAGUCCUGUGCCUGUGAGGAAGGAAGGCUGAAUUCUGGCACAUUCCACUACAAUUUGGACCAACCUAAGAUUCGGACACACAGUCCAGGAUUACCUAUCCCUCUCGAGACUUUGACCAGUGCUAGUCCUGGACAGAUAUGGGAUGUCCCUUUCCCUCUAUUGAGUGUCUUGGGGGCAAGCGCGGUUUCGAUCUCGACCAAAAAGGGGCAACGAAGAUGCCACGAAAGCACACGAAGUAAAUCAUGCUCCACACAAGCACCAGCGAAUUCACGUCCCUCCAGCAAUGGACCCUAUCCGCAAUGGUCCUGCUCUCCAACACAACGGCCAUAUCCAGCAUUUGGGAGAAGCUGGGCGGCCCCUCACAUGCAACAACGAGGAUGGCAAGGCAGGGCAAGGCAAAGGGGGCAUACCCCAGAGUUAUCAAGCUCUGUUACACCUUCAUCAGGGAGGUUUUGCGAUGUAAGCAUCCGGUCAUCCAGCCUCCGCGUUUUGGUCGAGAGCAAGCCGCUGCUUCCGCACCGCCUGGACCAGGCAAUACACUGUCGGGCAUUCCUCAAAAUGACCGUCGCAAGAAACCGCCAUCCAACACAGGCCACGUUCUUUCUGCCUCCUGGGCGGGCAAAGGAAGCGCGAGGCUGCGCACCACCUGGCCGGCGGGACUAAGGCCACUCACUCGUCGGUUGAAGGGGUCAAAGUCGCCACCACGUUCCCGCAAAGAUCGCCGGGUUUUUUGAAUCGCCUCCUUGUUUUUGCUCUUCGCUGCCCUUGAGAUUCGAUCAAUCCGGUAUACGCCCUCGUUGCGCCGACAAUGGAUUGAUUGGGGAGAGGGGAAAGGGGACGGCAGGUCUACUCUCAUUAAUUUAGUAUAUACAAUACGGAAGACAUUCGACGCUUUCAUUCGGUUCUUGGAAGUAAAGCGGUCUAGCCCAGCAGAACGAGUUUUGGUGCUCAAACCACACAAAUUCACGGUGCACUGGCACAAGAACGAGACAGGUCCAUCGACAAAACCCAUGAUCAAGAAAGGCACUUUAGGUCUGUGUCUCUGUCGCUUGGUUCUAUGCGGCCGUCAAUAGAAGAUAUGAACGCACUAUUCAGAUUCCGUCGACCUCGAGGCAUCCAUAUCUGAAGCAAAAUGUAUCACAUUGGGGCUGCUUGUUCUGUAUUUCUGCUUCUUGUGUCGAGCCAGAUGCCCAUGUGCUCAACAACUACCUG